CUUGCAAGGUGCUGCACAUUAUUAGUAAACAUUGGAACGUUUGUUGAUGGGUAGACAUUUUUAUUUUCUUUUGUUUGUAGGUGUGCAUAAGGGACAUUCACUUUUGAAUUAGGGCUACUUUAGUUCCUGUAAGCUUCAGACGUUUCUAUUUGUGCUUGUCAAUCACAACUAUGACUCUCCGAGCGUGUCCGCGUACGACACGUGCUUUGUUAGCUAGAAAUCUGAGCUGGCGAGCUGCUACUGCCCUAGUCCGGUUACUUGGAAAAAAGUAUUCUGAGAAAAAUAGCCCUUACAGCACUACAGCCGGAAAGGAAUCAGAGAAAGUCGCCGGGCGGACUGUGGUGAAGGAGAGGAGGGGGUCAGUGGUCACCGUGGCGAUCAACCGGCCCGAGGUGCGGAACGCGGUGAACCAGGAGACUGCUGGACGGCUGCUGGACGAGCUCACGGCUUUCGACAGCGACCCCGCCCUGACCGUAGCAGUGCUGCAUGGCAACGGAGGGAAUUUCUGUGCUGGUUACGAUCUGAAAGAGCUGGCCCAUCACACUGCCUCCCUCAAAUUGGAGCAAGAUGUCACCAAAGGUCCUGCUCCUAUGGGUCCCUCCCGACUGGUGUUGUCCAAGCCGUUGAUAGCAGCGGUCAGUGGCUACGCAGUGGCUGGAGGGCUGGAGCUGGCUCUGUUGGCUGACCUGAGAGUGGUGGAGGAGAGCGCUGUCAUGGGGGUGUUCUGUCGCAGAUUUGGCGUCCCCUUGAUUGAUGGGGGUACAGUCCGGCUCCCCCGUCUCAUUGGUCUCUCCCGGGCUAUGGACUUGAUUCUGACUGGAAGACCCAUUGGGGCACAGGAGGCCUUAGCCUUCGGAUUGGCUAACAGAGUGGUACCGGAUGGCCAAGCUCUGCAGGCAGCUCUGGAGCUAGCUGAGCAGAUCAGCACCUUCCCCCAGCAGUGCAUGCGUGCAGACCGCUCCUCUGCCCUCUACAGUGUCUAUGAUGCCCCCUCCUUCAGCUUGGCCUUGCAGUACGAAAUGGACCAUGGAGCGCCAAUCAUCCAGACUGAGUCUGUCGCCGGGGCAACCACGUUCAGCUCAGGGACAGGAAGAGGCGGGAAAUUCUCCUCAAAGCGCUAGUAACACUUUAUUUAGGUAUGCCUAUUUUUUUCACCUUUAUUUAACCAGGUAGGCUAGUUGAGAACAAGUUCUAAUUUGCAACUGCAACCUGUCCAAGAUAAAGCAUAGCAUUUUGACAUAUACAACAACACAGAGUUACACAUGGAAUAAACAAAACAUAGUCAGUAAUACAGUAGAAAAAAAAGAAAGAAAAAAGUCUAUACACAGUGAGUGCAAAUGAGGUAAGAUAAGGGAGUUAAGGCAAUAAAUAGGCCAUGGUGGCGAAGUAAUUACAAUAUAGCAAUUAAACACUGGAAUGGUAGAUGUGCAGAAGAUGAAUGUGCAAGUAGAGAUACUCGGGUGCAAAGGAGCAAGAUAAAUAAAUACAGUUUGGGGAUGAGGUAGUUGGAUGGGCUGUUUACAGAUUGGCUAUGUACAGGUGCAGUGAUCUGUGAGCUGCUCUGACAGCUGGUGCUUAAAGCUGAGGGAGAUAUGAGUCUCCAGCUUCAGUGAUUUUUUUCAGUUUGUUCCAGUCAUUGGCAGCAGAGAACUGGAAGGAAAGGCGGCCAAAGUAUGAAUUGGCUUUGGGGGUGACCAGUGAGCCAUACCUGCUGGAGCACGUGCUACGAGUGGGUGCUGCUAUGGUGACCAGUGAGCUGAGAUGAGGUGGGGCUUUACCUAGCAGAGACUUGUAGAUGACCUGGAGCCAGUGUGUUUUGCGACGAGAGUGAAGCGAGGGCCAGCCAACGAGAGGUUACAGAUCGCAGUGGUGGGUAGUAUAUGGGGCUUUGGUGACAAAACGGAUGGCACUGUGAUAGACCGCAUCCAAUUUGUUGAGUAGAGUGUUGGAGGCUAUUUGGUAAAUGACAUCGCCAAAGUCGAGGAUCGGUAGGAUGGUCAGGUUUACGAGGGUAUGUUUGGUCAGCAUGAGUGAAGGAGGCUUUGUUGCAAAAUAGGAAGCCGAUUCUAGAUUUCAUUUUGGAUUGGAGAUGCUUAAUGUGAGUCUGGAAGGAGAGUUUACAGUCUAACCAGACACCUAGGUAUUUGUAGUUAUCCACAUAUUCUAAGUCAGAGCCGUCCACAGUAUUGAUGCUGGACGGGUGGGCAGGUGCAGGCAGUGAUAGGGUGAAGAGCAUGCAUUUAGUUUUACUUGCAUUUAACAGCAGUUGGAGGCUACGGAAGGAGAGUUGUAAACAUGACUACAUAGUGUAUGACUAUGUACACUACAUGACCAAACGUAUGUGGACACCUGCUCAUCGAACAUCUAAUUCUAAAAUUAUGGGCAUUAAUAUGGAGUUGGUCCCCCCUUUGCUGUUAUAACAGCCUCCACUCUUUUGGGAAUGCUUUCCAUUACAUGUUGGAACAUUGCUGUGGGAACUUGCUUCCAUUCAGCCAUGAGCAUUUGUGAUGCUGAUGUUGGGCAAUUAGGCCUGGCUAGCAGUCGGCGGUCCAAUUCAUCCCAAAGGUGUUUGAUGGAGUUGAGGUCAGGGCUCUGUGCAGGCCAGUCAAGAUCUUCUACACCGAUCUCGACAAACCUUUCCUGUAUGGACCAUGCUUUGUGCACAGGGGGAUUGUCAUGCUGAAACAGGAAAGGGCUUAUAACAAACUGUUCCCACAAAGUUAGAAGCAGAAUCGUCUAGAAUGUCAUUGUAUGCUGUCGCGUUAAGAUUUCCCUUCAGUGGAACUAAGGGGUCUAGCCCUAACCAUGAAAAACAGCCCCAGACCAUUAUUCCUCAUCCACCAAACUUUACAGUUGGCACUAUGCAUUGGGGCAGGUAGCAUUCUCCUGGUAUCUGCCAAACACAGAUUUGGCCAUCGGACUGCCAAAAGGUGAAGCGUGAUUCAUCACUCCAAUUUUCACUGGUCCAGACUCCAAUGGCGGCGAGCUUUACCCCAUUCCAGCUGACGCGUUGCAUUGCGCAUGGUGAUCUUAGGCUUGUAUGCGGCUGCUUGGCCAUGGAAACCCAUUUCAUUAAGCUCCUGACGAACAGUUAUUGUGCUGACGUUGCUUCCAGAGGCAGUUUGGAACUCGGUAGUGAGUGUUGCAACCGAAGACAGGCGAUUUUUACACACUUCAGCACUCGGCAGUCCCGUUCUGUGAGCUUGUGUGGCCUACCACUUCGCGCCUGAGCCAUUGUUGCUCCUAGAUGUUUCCACCUCACAAUAACAGCACUGUCUUUCGGAUGGGACGUUAUGGUGUCCUGACUCUCUGUGGUCACUAAAGAUCCCAUGGCACUUAUCGUAAGAGUAGGGGUGUUAACCCUGGUGUCCUGGCUAAAUUCCCAAUCUGGCCUUCAUACCAUCAUGGCCACCUGAUCACCCGAGUUUACAAUUGGCUCAUUCAUCCCCCCUCCUCUCCCCUGUAACUAUUCCCCAGGUCGUUGCUGUAAAUGAGAAUGUGUUCUCAGUCAACUUACCUGGUAAAAUAAGGGUUCAAUAAAAAUUAAUUUUAAAAAACUUACAGUUGACCAAGGCAGCUCUAGCAGGGCAAAAAAUUUGACGAAUUGACCUGUUGGAAAGGUGGCAUCUUAGUUAAAUAAAGGUAACAUUUAAAAAAUAUAUAUAUAAUAAUGACUGUGCCACGUUGAAAGUCACUGAGCUCUUCAGUAAGGCCAUUCUACUGCCAAUGUUUGUUUAUGGAGAUUGCAUGGCUGUGUGCUCGAUUUUAUACACCUGUCAGCAAUGGGUGUGGCUAUAAUAGCCGAAUCCACUACUUUUGUAUAUAUAAUGAAUAUGUACGUAGUUUUUUCUUCAUGAUUUAUAAAUGAUACCAGGUCCACUAAAUGGUUUAUAGAUGGUAAACACGUAUACAUGGAUUAUUAGCCGACUGUCCACCUUUUUCCCACCAUUUUGCAUCACACGGUGUCAUACUGGUGUGUCAGAUACAACCUCCGUGGGGCAAAUGACAAAGUCAUACAAACAAUGACAGAACCUCACCAGCUGCUUAUCUGUACAGUAUAUUUCAUUAUGAUCCCCCACAUACCAAAGGUUCUUUAAAGUUAAAUCACUACACUCGACAAUUGUGGUUGGUAUACCACCCUCAUAUCUAGAGGAAUUAGAGGGAGGGCUAGUAGGGGUAUGGAGGCUGAUUGAAAGAAGCAAAACCUUUGAAAGACAAAGACUGGAAAGCAGCAAUAGCAUCAAAAGCACCAGCACUAUACUGGCAUUGUUUCUGGUUGGAGUUGUACAAUGGUUGUGUGAUGUGUGGGGUCUUGGGUCUACCGCCAGACUAUACUGUAGUAAGAUGGUGGUGUGGAUAUUUUUGUGUGGAAAUGCCAUGUUUAGAGGAAUAAUUACUGUGCGAAGAAUGACUGUGAGUGUGUUUAUGCCUGUGUGUAUGCGUGUGUUCCCACAUGUUUAUGUCUGUAUAAUUAGUGUGGAAUAUUUAGCAGUCCAAGUGAACUUGGUGUUAUGAGUGAACAUUCCUCUGGUGGACAGCUCCCCCUCAAUUAUCUGUGUGCUGUGUGUGUGUGUGGGUGUUUGUGCGCACAUGCAUAUGUGUGAGAGAUGAUUUAGAUUGGAAGCAGAAAGUAGUACCCUAAGGCAGGUGUGUGUGUGUGUGUGUGUGUGUGCGCGUGUGUGUGCGUGUGUAUACUGUAUGGUAUAUCCACAUAUAUAUAUACUGUAUAUCCACAGGUUGCAAUGAGACCAGCCUGUGUAUGAGGGACUCCAAUCUCUCUCCUCAGGUUGUGAGUGUGACCCAUCGUGUGUGUGUUAAUUAGGGUGAGGAGAGGCUCUGUCUAGACGCCAUGAUGACAGGACAAACACCCCCUGUUUAGCCUGUGUGCCCUCCCUCUGCUUCCUCUUGCCUCCUCACCCACGGCCAAUACACCCAGCUAUCACCUGCUCCCAACACACACAGACACACAAACACACACAUUGUUAUUUCCUAUUCAAUUUUUGUACCGCUCGAAGUGGACGUUUGAGGUUGAAUAUUCGUCAAUAGCCAGACACUAAUCGUGGCAUGUCUUUACAAUGAUGUAUUUUACUUGCUAAUACAGUAAGAGUGGCAUGCCUAAAUUAGAUGUGAUGAUGUGUAAAUAAAGCUAAUAUUAAGACAGUCAA